AUGGAGUCCACUUCACCUCAAAUGAACAGUUUUUCGUUCCAAACAGACGCCGUCAAGAGAGUGGCUUGUAUCCGGUGCCGGACACAAAAGCUUAAAUGCAUCAAGUCAACCACUGCAGCGGUAACAAAAAGGUGUGACCGCUGCAGGAAAGCCGAUGUCGAAUGCAUCUAUGUUCCUUCGAAACCAAUGGGCCGGCCCAGGACAUCGCGGUCUCAAACAACAACCCGGAUCACGCACUCACCGGCUUUGCCAUCGGAUACAACAGCCCGGAUACCGCAUUCGCUGGAAUUGCCACCGGACACAGCCACCUCGCAGCAGCUGUCAGUGACACCACCUGAAACGAUUGAUCUCAACACCAUGAUAGACGAAGCGGAAAACACCCUAGACACACAAAACAUGAACAUCUUCUUCGACCACAUCACGCCAUUCGAGCAAGACGAAACAUCGACACAAACCGGCCUUGGCUUCACAACCAACGACAUGGAUUUCCUGACACCAUGCUCCAGCCACGGGACCCUGAAUUUCUCGCACAGCUCCGACACAUACGUAGAUAGCGUUGUAAUGGAUGGCGAGACCACAGGGGACCAGGUAAGACGGACAGCCAGCAGCACGGCAUAUGAUUUCGACGACGGGACCCCACGAAGCAGCAGUAGCACUAUGCAGCAGCUAGCGAAGCUCGGUCUGGAUCUCCACGCGCAAAUCGUCAAGCACCAAACUGCCGGAGACAUGAUUGCGAUGGAGGAGCUAGUUGCUGAUGUGCUGCGGAGCUCGACGGACUAUCUGAACCACCUCGUAUCUCUCGACAGUACGGUUAUCGCGAGCCAAGACAGCAGAGCAGCAGGGCCACGGUGGGCAGAGGCCAAGCCGCCGAGCCAGGCGCCUCAAUUGGACAUGUCAACCGCGUUCCAGCUCUUGAUCCCAUAUGUACGGCUAGUCCAGCUACACAACAUCCUAUACCGGGCAAUGCUCCGGUGUCUCAGUAGCAAUGGCAUGAACAGAAGCAGCAGUAGCAGCAGUAGCAGUAGCAGUAGCCGAUUGGAUAUGGCGACAGCAAGGCUGUGGAGUCUUCCGGCACUGUCAGUGGGCGGCGCUUGUGUCGAUGCCAGCGACCCACUCCGCGCACGCUUGUUGCUGCAGAUGAAUCUCCACCUCUUGGCUGAAAUUGAGGCCGUGCUGGAACUGCCACUCGAAGCGCGGAUAUGCUGGCCCGGGGCUGAAGGCGGAAUAGGCGGACCCAUGGGUAUCUCUGUAGUCGACCAGGGGGGUUCCGGUGGCCUCUUGCGCCAGACGGUCUCGCCCAGGCUGCUCAAGACAAUCCUCGAAGAGCGUAAUCUUGGCACCGAUGACGUCCAGUCUAUGCGCGACCGCAUCUCUUAUAUAAAGUGCUUACUUCGCACCCGGCCGCGGCCGCUGUAA